UGUCCCGAGUGCCGCGCCGCCUGCUGCCGCACACGCACGCAGUUAUUAGGGCUGCGUCCUCCUGCCAUAUCGGCACUCUCGGAUCGGAAACCGGUGCAAGUCAGACUGCGAAUCCUUUUUAUAAAAUAAUUGAAAACCUGUCAGACAUUGAAAUGUGAAGAAAAAAAACAAAAAAAAACUUCAAGUCCUCGUCUGAAUACACCGCACCGGGUUUGGUUUUAGGUACUUGCCUGCCUGCCUCCCGGCGAGGCGAGCAGGUCUGUCGCUGUAACCAAUGUGUGUAUCGGGGGACACAAGGAGAGUGCAUUGCAGCGGGGAGGCAAGAGCGGUGGAAAGCAACUGUUUUGACUUUAUGAACAUUUUUCUUUGGAGGAUGGAAAAAAUGCACGCCAACAUUGUUAGUUAAAGCCAAAGAGGAGUUGGGGGAACCCGUUUCUACGAGAGAAGAACUUAGACUAUCGCUUUGGACUCAGAUGCAGAUGAGAGAUGCGGGGCUGGAGCCAUCAGGAGAUGAAAGACGCACAGUGACAUGGAUAUACUGAAACAGAUAAGCAUCAGCAAGCGCCGCUGGAGAUAUAUUCAGAUGAACAGUGAACAUUACUGGAAAGGAAAACGCCAGAACUAUAUGCAUCUGUGAUUGGAUCUCAGCUUGUUCUGACCUGAGACCAUUAAAAUGGAGUUGCUAUGGAAACUUAUAGUGCUACUGCCAUUGGUGGAGUGUCUGGCAGGAAGCGGAGCUUUGCUAAGGCCCGUAUUCACUAAACAACCAGGCAGCGUGGUGUUUCCCAUUCAGCCUGGUGAGAAUCGCAGAGAGGUGGUGUUUAGCUGUGAGGCCCAAGGACACCCACCACCCUUCUACAGGUGGAAGCUAAAUGACUCUUUUAUCCAGCUCAUCCCAGGCUCACGCUACUCCCUCAUGGGUGGAAACUUACAAAUCAGCAAUAUAAACAAAGUGGAAGAUGUGGGUAUUUAUCAGUGCCUGGCAUCAAAUUCUUUUGGCACAAUCAUCAGCAGAGAGGCCAGCCUUCAUGUUGCUUACUUGGAGAAUUUCAAAACCCAGAGAAGAAGUCCAGUGAGGGUUCGUGAAGGUCAAGGUGUGGUCUUGUUGUGUGGCCCACCCCCUCACUCAGGAGAACUUACCUUCACAUGGAUCUUCAACAAGUACCCAUCUUUUGUCGUCCAGGACACGCGCCGAUUUGUUUCCCAGAAGACGGGCAAUCUCUACAUCGCUAAAGUGGAACCCUCUGAUGUGGGCAACUACACGUGUGUGGUCACCAACACGGUCACCAAAAGCAGUGUUCAAGGACCACCAACACCUCUAGUCCUCCGGCUUGAUGGUGUGAUGGGUGAAUACGAACCCAAAAUUGAAGUGCAGUUCCCUGAAGUCGUCCCUGUCGCUAAGAGCUCAACCGUCAAACUGGAAUGUUUUGCACUUGGAAACCCAGUGCCAACCAUAAGCUGGAAAAGGGAGGAUGGGGCCCCAUUUGGCAGGAAGGUGGACAUGAAUAAAGCCAGUGGAGUUUUAGAGAUCCCUUAUUUCCAGCCGGAGGAUUCAGGGAUGUAUGAAUGCAUGGCAGAAAAUAGCAGAGGAAGAAACUCGGUUAAAGGAAAGCUGUCUUUCUAUGCUCCACCUCAGCUGACUGAGAAGCCUCAGGAUGUUCAGAAGACCAUCGAUGACACUCUGGUGUGGGAAUGCAAAGCCAACGCUAAGCCCAAACCCUCAUAUGGCUGGCUGAAGAACGGAGAGCCCCUGGAUCACAUGGAGGCCAACCUUCGUCCAAACCUCGACCGUGGGGGACUGUCGGCGACGCUGGCGGAACGCUGGCAGGACAGAGUUCAGGUGAAUAAUGGAGUGCUGACAAUCAGCAACUUGAAUCUGGCGGACAUUGGAAUGUACCAGUGUGUGGCGGAGAACAAGCAUGGCCGCAUCUUUACCAAUGCUGAGCUCAGAGUCAUUGCCAUCGCUCCUGACUUCUCUCAAAACCUGUUGAAGGCCCAAACGUUGGCCCGACAGGGCGGCGAUAUUCUGAUCGAAUGCAAGCCCAGGAUGUCUCCUCGCGGCGUGAUUUCAUGGAGGAAGGGGAAGGAAGCCCUGCGCGAGAGCCACAGAAUGAUGGUGCUGGAUAACGGAAGCCUGCGGCUAUCCAAUGUGACUAAAAUGGAUGCUGGGAUCUAUACAUGUGUAGCCAGAAACCAGUUUGGAGUGGCAAGCAGCUCUGGAAGCCUUCUGGUUAAAGAGGCAACCACAAUCACAAGUCCAGCAGGACACCUAGAUGUGACUGUUGGCGAGAGCAUUGUGCUGCCCUGCCAGGUUUCACAUGAUCCGACUUUGGACCUGAAGUUCACCUGGUUCUUCAACGAGCAGGUCAUCCAAUUUGGAAGCCAUGGGGCCUAUUUUGAAAAAGUUGGUGGGCGUUCGGCUGGUGACAUUAUGAUUCGGAACAUCCAACUGAGCCAUGCUGGAAAGUACACCUGUGCAGUUCAGACAAAGGUGGACAGUGUGUCCAUUGCCACAGAUGUGGUUGUCAGAGGUCCUCCAGGCCCGCCUUUGGACUGUCAGGUAACUGAGAUGACUGAGACUACUGCUUCUCUGUCCUGGAAGCCUGGGUUGGACAACCACAGCCCCAUCCUCAGCUACAUCAUCCAGGCCAGAACACCCUUCUCUCUUGGAUGGCAAACUGUCACCACUGUCAUAGAACAGCUAAGGGGGAAACAGCUCACAGCCACUGUUACUGAUUUGAGUCCCUGGGUGGAUUACGAGUUCAGAGUUUUGGCAACCAACAGUGUUGGAACAGGAGAGCCCAGCAAACCCUCAAAGAAGACCCGCACCAAAGAAAUGCUUCCCAGAGUGACUCCAGCGAGGGUAAGUGGCGGUGGUGGAGGACGAUCGGAGCUUGUCAUCACGUGGGAACCCGUUUCUGAGGAGAUGCAGAGCGGUCCAGGCUUUGGUUAUGUGGUGGCUUUCCGCCCACUUGGGGCGCAGGGCUGGAUGCAGGCCGCCGUCACAUCCCCUGAUGCUUCAAGAUACGUGUUUAAGAAUGAGAGCAUCCCUCCAUUCUCCCCUUAUGAAGUCAAAGUCGGGGUUUACAACAACAAGGGUGAAGGACCUUUCAGCCCCAAUAUUACCAUCUAUUCAGCAGAAGAAGAGCCCAGCAGAGCUCCAGUGAGGCUAAGGGCGAGAAGUGUUUCAGCAUCCGAGGUCGAGGUCACUUGGAAGCCACUGGCGUGGAGCAACAGCCGCAGACGUAUCCUCGGCUAUGAGCUGCUGUACUGGGGAGAGAAGGAGAAGCAGGAUGCAGCCAGUGUGGUCAGAACAGGGGGGAAUAAAACAUCAGUACUCAUCAGGGAUCUGGAGGGCAGCAGUACCUAUUACAUCUCCCUCCGGGCCUAUAACAGCGCCGGAGUGGGUCCACAGAGCAGCGUAGUCAAUGUCACGACCAAGAAACCACCUCCCAGUCAAGCCCCAGUAAAAAUCAUGUGGAACACAUCUAACUCUAAAGUCAUUCUGAAGUGGGACCAGGUCUACGCCCUGGAGAACGAGUCUGAAGUCACAGGAUAUAAGGUGAUGUAUAGCCAGGACAAACACAGCAACCCUAACGUGGUGGAGACCAACAACACCUCCUUGGAGUUGACCCUGCCAACCAACCAAGAUUAUGUGAUCCAGAUUAAACCUUUCAGCGAGGGAGGGGAGGGCAUCAGCAGCCGUCAGAUUACCAUCCCCAAAAUUGAAGGUUCAAUAGCCAUGGGAGCAGCCCCAGGGUCCUUGGGAUUUUCAGUGGUCAGCCAUGCAGCUGUAAUUCUCACAGGCAGAAUGCUACUAUGACAAACAUCCAGAAACUAUGGCUUCUUAUUUAGAGUGGAGAGACAGCAGGUCAGAGACAAUACAUGGCCUACUGCCUCGUUUCCUCCUGCUCCGUUCUCUGCCCUACCACGUCUCUCCUCUCUGCCCCACAAAGGUCUCUUUUGUGAGGAAGAUUCCUCUUCUUCACAUUACAAAAGUGGUUACUGAAAGGAAGUGCCGCUUUCAAAAUUUGCUAUGAAACUGAAAAGGACACCUCGACUCGACUGACUCCAGCCUUUUUGAAGAUGUGUUUUACUCAUCUACUUUCUAACUAGUGGAUAUUCCCAUAUGUUUUUCACCUUGGAGGAUAAAUUAGGACAUGUACAUGUUUUCCUGUGCGGGUUGGAACUGUGCGGGUUGUUUAAAAAAAAAAGAAAAGUUGUUCGCUGUGUUUACUACUGAGCUUUUUCUUCAGGAAGUGGAUUAAAACAUAACCGAGAGUGGAGUGGACCUAGAUUGCUUACUUGUUUAUCUAAGUGAAGAUUUACUUGAGCUUGAUUAAAGAUGAGAAGCAUUUCUCUUGUGAAAAAACCAUGCCUAAGAAAUAAUAAUUUAGUAUCCAAUCAAAUGGAAUAAAAAUGGGGGAUUAGCCUCAUUGCUUUAAGACAAAACAGAAUUUUGGACCUUUCUAUACUGUCCUGCUUCAAUUCUUCACUUUACAAGUUGCCAUAAAACUGACUGGAACCAAAGGUAUGUGACUGACACAGUGCAGCUCCACCUGCUUGUAUCAUGGGAAAAGGCAACCUGUACCCACCUGUUUAAUUUCUAUCUCAAGCAGCUGAAUUAUGUUAAUGAUAAAUGUCUCACCUUGCUCCAUAAUCCAUCAUCAGUGUAUAACCACGGCAAACAUGUAUGGAAACCUCAGGUCCCAAAUGAGCCUUAAGUCUUAUGAUUACCAUCCAAUUUAUCAUUCAGGACUAAUUUAACUUAUUUUAUAUUUUAGUUUAUGCACCUUGUAUUUUAGCUCUAAAUCAUAUCCAUGAAUGUUUUGAACUCGGAAAGUUAAAUGCUUUUUGUCAUUGUUCUGUCCUGAUGAGCAUUGUAGGGGGUACUGAUUUCUGACUUUUCUAGCAUAGUUUAUAUCAAAACCAGGUCAGUUGGUCAGUGUAUGUGUGUCUUGCUGAGGAUGGUUUGAAAGGAUCCAUCCGCUUUUAAUAAAGAUAAUGCCAUUUUCUUCAUUUCUGUCCUCAGUGUAACACCGGGCCAAAUGUCCUUUGAAUUAAAGUGUUGCCUUUCAUCUAGCUCAUGCAGUUUUGGGGAAAGCUUUUUAGACCUGUUUCUAUCACUUCUUACAUUUGAACUUCUUGCCUUUGAAAUAUUACAUUAGCAUAAAAAUGGCAUUUGUCAUCUUAAAAGUUGCUUUGUUUUUGGGUUUAAAGCAAACCAUUUAGCUCCCAUUGUGCUUUUUCCAUAUUUCGUCAAGUUACAACCAACUUCUCUGGAUUUAAUUGAGAUUUUGAGUGAGACCAACACAAAGUAGUGCAUAUUUGCGAAGUGGACGGAAAAUAACGCUGCACAAGCUGCACAAAUCCAUAGCUCAGGUGGGACAAUCUGUUGACAGGACAGCUAAUAGUAAUUCACUCUACAAGUCUGGCCCUUAUGAAUAAGUGACAAGAACAAAGGCAUUGUUAAAGGAAAACUAUUAGAAGUCCUGUUCAAAGUGUGCUACAAGCCAUGUUGGAGGGAACAGCAAACAUGUGAAAGACAAUUCUCUGACCAGACCAGAUCAAAAUGUAUGUGUUGGUCUAUCACACAAAAUCCCAUUAAAAUACGUAAAAGUGUUUAGUUGUAACUUAAAUAUGCUUAAAAGGCUUAUGAAUGUUUUUGUCUGGCACUGUAUGAGUUGGUAAAAAAUGUUAAUUCCAAGUCUUUUGUAAAUUAAAUUCCUCUGUUCUUCUGCCUCUGAUUAAAUUGGAAACAGAAAAAAUUAAACAGAAAAAUAGCAUUUGAAAUGUUAAACUUUGUUAAACUGUUCUUUUGUAAAUUAUCAAUGUUUACCUUUAAGUUUCCCAAUGUCAGUCAACAGCAGUUGUUUUUGUGUCUUGAAAAGGAUCCACAUGUACCUCAGGUCUGGAUGAGAUGACAUUUAUUUGCUGUAGCUGUGAGUCCAACACAGAAAGUCUGUCUCUUUUAAAAGUGCUCACAUCACACCAUGCUGUGGUCAUCUUUCCCAUUAAAAAUCAACAUUCUGUAUAUUUCGACAAAUACA